AUGGCGCCGUCGAAAGCCGUUGAAGAUGAAGAAGAUGCGAUCGAGCGAGGUGGAUGGCUCGUUAUGCUGGUAUGCGGUAUGCGGUAUGCUAUUAUGCUUGUUGUUGAAUGUUGGUUGACUGUCGUAAACCCUCCCAAGAUCUGCACUGUUUGGUUCGUCUCUCCGCAGCGUAAAGUCUUGUCGGUAUGGAUUUAUCUUUCUUUCGGCGCGGCGCACUUUCGCGAUUCAACCUUCAAGUUGUUCAAUGUCGGUGCUGUGCUCACUAAUCUGUGUUCAUGA